AUGGAUAUCCAUCUUCCCUUUUCUCUCCUUUUCUUUACCACCUUCAUCUUCUUCUUCAUUGUAAUAAUCACUAGGUUGAGAAGCAUCAACUCACUUGAUACAAAAAGAAACCAUCCUCCACAGCCAUGGAAGCUCCCUCUAGUUGGCCACAUUCAUCAUCUCAUAGGAGGGCUGCCCCAUCAUGCUCUUAGAAAAGUAGCCCACAAACUAGGACCCCUUGUUCGUCUACAGCUUGGCCAAGUCUCUGCCAUCUUAAUCUCGUCGCCAUCGCUUGCAAAAGAGAUCAUGAAAACACACGAUAUCUCUUUCGCAAACCGACCCAAACUUCUCACUGUUCAGAUCAUUGGAUACAACUGCCAAAACUUAUCGUUUUCCCCUUAUGGCGAUUACUGGAAACAAAUGCGGAAGAUAUGCAUCUUGGAGCUUCUAAAUGUAAGAAAAGUUCAAUCAUUUCGAUCUAUUCGUGAACAAGAGUCACGGAACCUCAUUGAGUCCUUAGCUAGACAAAGAUCAAAAACCGUCAAACUAUCUGGCAUGAUUUUCAAGAUGAUUAACACGAUCAUAAGUAGAUGUACUGUUGGGAGUAGAUGCAAGGAUCAAGCGAUCCUUAUUGCAUCAAUUCAAGACAUUUCACAAUUAUCAGGUGGUUUUGAUAUUUCAGAUCUAUUUCCAUCUAUCACAUUACUUCCUCUAAUUACAGGCAAAACGAAAAAAAUGAUGAAUAUACGGAAAAAGAUUGAUGCUAUUUUAGAUAGCAUCAUCUUGGAGCACCAAGAACUUCGUGUCCCAGGACAAAGUAACAAUGAGAAUGAAGACCUUGUUGAUGUAUUAUUGAGGCUUAAAGAUGAUGGUAGUCUUUUGUUUCCAUUAACUUUUGACAACAUCAAAGCAGUCAUCUUGGAUAUGUUUGUAGCAGGCUCGGAUACUUCCUCGGUGGUAAUUGAAUGGGCAAUGUCAGAACUAAUGAAGAAUCCAAGGGUGAUGAAGAAAGCACAAGACGAACUCAGGAAGGUACUCAAAGGAAGGACAAUGAUUCAUGAGCCAGAUCUUCAAGAACUAGACUACCUAAAACUAGUGAUUAAAGAAACCUUAAGGUUGCAUCCACCUCUUCCGUUUUUGUUACCUAGAGAGUGUCGGGAGAACUGUGAAAUUGGUGGAUACCAUAUACCUAUCAAAACACAGGUUAUACUAAACGUAUGGAUGCUUGGGCGCGAUCCGGAUUACUGGAUUGACCCUGAAAGUUUCAUACCAGAGAGAUUUAGUGAGAGUUCAGUUAACAUGAUCGGUACAAAUUUUGAAUAUCUACCAUUUGGGGCUGGGAGAAGAAUGUGUCCAGGCAUGACGUUGGGUUUGGCUAAUGUGGAGCUUCCUCUUGCGAUGCUACUAUACCACUUCGACUUGGAACUUCCAGAUGGAGCAACAUCUAAAGAUUUGGACAUGUCUGAAUCUUUUGGAGUCACUGUCAAGCGAAAAAAUGAGUUGCUCGUAGUUCCACAUCCUUACGACGCAAAUUAUUGACGUUCGUGUGUUCUCACCUUGUAUUGAAAUCUUCUGUUUAUUUUCCUCUUAGGUUGUCGGGAUGUUACAACUAUGUACUUGAAGGAAUAAUUCAAAUAUAUAUA